ACCAUAUCGGUGUUGUUCAAAAAACAUGGCCACCGUAUCCCGUAAGAUAGAUUGGACGAUCCGUUUAUCAGCGCUGGCAACCUUAAUUCUUGGAACUCUGAUGAUAUCUUCUUCAUUCAGAAUUAAGUAUUACAAUGAAGCAUUGGAUUCCAAUUCAGACUGGUGGGAAAAAAAGAAUUACAAACUAUUUACCAAAAAGCUGAUGGGAUUGUAUUGUUCGACGAAUCUAUUUGCAAGCUGGAUCAUCUAUUGGCCAGGCAUCGUGGUCGUGUUAACAAGCCUCGUUAUUCUCUUUCCCAACGUAUGUCGCCACAGGAGAACAAUUUGUAACAUUUUCGUUUUUCUCUCAUUGACGGCGACGUUCGUUCUGAUAACACGAGAGGCAAGCACGAUCGACAAAAUUCGAAGUUACGAUGUUUGGACUUGCCAUCCUCACGUUUCCAACUUCUAUCGACUACGUUGGUGGUAUUACGCACUUUAUAUUUCAUCAUAUGCCGUCCUCUGUCUUUGCAUUGGUCAAUUCGUUGCUUUCGGAGCGAAAUGGAUCUUGGAAUUGAAAUCGAGUUUCGAAGAUUUAAUCAUCAAGAAUAAUCAUUCUGCACAUGGACGGCACCAUACCGAGCAAAGUGGUGAAGUUGAGGAAGAACAGGAACCACCAUCUUAUGUUGGUAUGAGAGUUCUACCAACGAACCAACCCGGACCACCUUUUCCCUACCAACAACCAGAGAGUUGCUGUCCGUACCAUACCCCACAACCAUCAUCGUGUCACCAUUGCGAUAUCCAUGAAUGCUACCCACCAGUACCCGGGGUACCACACUAUAAUUCAAUCAGACGAGGUCGGAAUUGCAAAGUUAUGCCAUACUAGUGCGGCCAUAUGAGAAAUUGAGCCAGCACAUUCAGCAUUUCAACUAUGUUAUUCUCAGUGGAAAGUCUUACCGGAACUCUUAACUAACAUACGCAAUACUCUAUGAUUGAAUAAAGGCGUGUGUGCGUAGCGUGGUAUAUAGUUCUGGCAUUGUUAUUGUAAAUACUAUUUGAAAAUAUAUACUG